GAACGCACGCGGCCACGGAGCGCUCCUCUGUACAGGGCGGAGUCCAACGGCGGUGAAAGGUUUCUCCUUCACGGUUAACCUCGUCCAAACAAGGAAGCGACGUCUUGAGGGGCGUUUGCAGGGACUCGCUGCAGGAUCCACAUUUGUUUGGCCCGUUUCUGUUUUUCGCGACAGUUUCGACCCGAGAAGUUCAACAUGUCCUCGAUGGACCUGGAGAAGCUGAAGAUGACGGGAGCGGGUCGGGCCAUAGCGGUGCUGACCAGCGGUGGCGAUGCACAAGGCAUGAACGCCGCUGUCCGAGCCGUCACCCGAAUGGGCAUUUAUGUGGGCGCCAAGGUCUACCUUAUUUACGAGGGAUAUCAGGGCCUGGUGGACGGAGGAGACAACAUCAAACUAGCUCACUGGCACAGUGUGACCAACAUCAUCCAACUGGGUGGGACCGUGAUUGGAAGCGCCCGGUGCAAAACCUUCCGAUCCCGCGACGGCAGGCUCGCCGCCGCCUUCAACCUGGUGAAGAAAGGCAUCACCAACCUGUGCGUGUGCGGCGGCGACGGCAGCCUCACCGGAGCCAACAUCUUCCGCAGCGAGUGGAGCGGCCUGCUGGCGGAGCUGGUGCAGAAAGGGAGGAUCACGGACACUCUGGCCAAGCAGCACGAUCACCUCAACAUCGUGGGUCUGGUGGGCUCCAUAGACAAUGACUUCUGUGGCACCGACAUGACCAUCGGGGCCGACUCCGCUCUGCACCGCAUCAUGGAGAUAAUUGAUGCCAUCAUGACCACUGCGCAGAGCCACCAGCGCACGUUUGUUUUAGAGGUCAUGGGUCGCCACUGUGGAUAUUUGGCCCUGGUGUCCGCUCUGGCGUCUGGGGCAGACUGGCUCUUUAUUCCAGAGGCUCCUCCACAGGAAGGGUGGGAGGACCUCAUGUGUAGUCGUCUUGAGGCCACCCGCGUGAAAGGGUCCAGACUCAACAUAAUAAUCGUUGCAGAAGGAGCCAUCGACAUGAAUGGCAAACCCAUCACCUCGACCUACAUUAAAGACCUCGUCGUGAAGCGCUUGGGUUACGACACCAGAGUGACCGUGCUUGGCCACGUACAGCGCGGAGGAACUCCUUCUGCGUUCGACAGGAUACUGAGCACUAAGAUAGGUGUGGAGGCAGUGAUCGCCCUGCUGGAGGCAUCUCCCGACACCCCAGCGUGCGUCAUCGGCCUGUCGGGUAAUCACCCUGUUCGUCUGCCGCUAAUGGAGUGUGUGGAAAUGACUAAGUUGGUGCAGACGGCCAUGAACGAGAAGAGGUUUGAUGAAGCUGUGAAGCUGCGUGGAGGGAGUUUUGAGAACAACUGGAACAUCUACAAGCUUCUUGGCUUCCAGAAACCUGCACAGUCUGAAAGCAAUUUCUCCCUGGCUGUUCUGAACGUGGGCGCUCCAGCUGCAGGGAUGAAUGCAGCUGUGAGGUCAGCCGUCAGAUUAGCGCUCGCGCAUGGUCACAAGGUGUACGCUGUCCACGAUGGGUUUCAGGGCCUGGCCAACGGAGACGUUUUGGAAAUGAGCUGGCAUGAUGUGGCCGGGUGGACGGGUCAAGGAGGGUCACUGCUGGGCACAAAGCGAACCCUUCCAGAGAAGUUUAUGGAGAAGAUUGUGGAUACCAUCACCAAGUUCAGCAUCUCAGCUCUGCUUGUCAUUGGAGGUUUUGAGGGCUAUGAAGGUGUGCUGCAACUGUUCGAAGCCCGGAGUCGCUACGAUGAGCUCUGUAUUCCUAUGCUUGUGAUUCCUGCCACCAUCAGCAACAAUGUGCCUGGAACUGAUUUCAGCCUGGGAGCAGACACGGCUGUCAAUGCUGCCAUGGAGAGCUGCGACAAGAUCAAGCAGUCUGCCACUGGGACCAAGAGACGAGUGUUUGUGGUGGAGACUAUGGGUGGAUACUGUGGAUAUCUGGCAACCUCCACCGGUAUAGCUGUGGGUGCAGACGCAGCCUACAUCUACGAAGACCCCUUCAAUAUCCAUGACUUGACCACCAAUGUGGAGCAUUUAUCUGAAAAAAUGAAAAAAGACAUCCAGCGGGGUCUAAUACUCAGGAAUGAAAAGUGCCAUGAAAACUACACCACAGAUUUCAUUUAUAACCUGUAUUCAUCCGAAGGGAAGGGCAUCUUCGACUGUAGAGUUAAUGUGUUGGGGCACCUUCAGCAGGGAGGAGUGCCUUCUCCUUUUGACAGAAACUUUGCCACCAAGUUGGGUGUGAAAGCUGUUCAGUGGAUUACAGAGAAACUCAGUGAGAACUUCAGACAAGGCCGCGUGUUUGCCAACUCUCCAGAAACAGCAUGCGUGCUGGGCCUCAACAGGAAGGUCAUCGCCUUCACCCCUGUCACUGAACUGAAGGGCGUGACCGAUUUUGAGCACCGGAUGCCCAAAGUUCAGUGGUGGUUUAAUAUGCGCCCGAUGCUAAAAAUGUUGGCCCGCUACCAGACAAGCUUCUGUGAAUAUGUCCCAGGGGAGAUUGAACAUGUGACCAAGCGCUCCAUCAGCAUCGACUGUGGAUACUGA